CCCUAGCCCAAGCAGUCAAGAACGACGAGAAUGACUUGGCAGUAAAGCAGGGAUCUAAAGUCUUGUUUAGGGAGAUGAAAUUCCUAGCGAGGUUAAAAAUAUGUUUCCUUUUUGCUUGGACCCCAGUAGCAACGCUCCCGCAACAUAAAUUGCCGCGAGAAACGUUCUUAAAUGCUAUCCUUCAUAGGAACGUUCGCUGUAUGGCAUUACCGUUUGGCUUUUGUAUUGCCCUUGGUGGUUGUUUGUUGAUGGAACAUAAGAUAUUUUCCAGCUAAGACCAAAACCUCUGUUGAACUCUGAGUCUCGCGUGUUUUUCUACCUAACAGAGCGACCAGCCAUCUCAGGCAUGCAAGGUCAACACUUUGAAGCCAAAUUCAACGCGCGAAUAGCUCACGAGGCCUGGUAGACGUCGACGGGUCUCGGUCAAGGUGCAGAAGGAUAACAUUUCUUGGCAGCCGGGACAAGUUGUGGCGUGAACGAACUGUGCCUUGCAGAGUGCGAAGAAGUGGCGAACCGCUGGUACAUAUCGCUACCCUACGGAGAGAGAAGGUGGCCGCGCUUUUCGUCGUCCUCUAUCAGUGCAUGUACCCAUGACGGCCGUAUAGUUUGAACGGUCCAACCGCGACUUGCAAAACCGCGUGACUGUGUGCCACUGUGCUGCUUGAUUGGGGUGCUAGCCAGACAUAUAAUGGCGACGUUGAAGUACUUCGUAUUUUGCUUAGGUGUGGUACAGCUCUUGAUUUGUUGGUGCGUAUCGAAAUUCAGCCACUUGGAGGCAUUUCUUGAAGCUCUUCCGAUUCAGUUUUUGGUUUUUGGUUUCUUCCCUCUGUCAGUUUUUUGUUUUCUAUCUCCGGACUUUCUAUCGGAGUAUCAGAAACUUAAGCCCUAUUCGAUAAUCAUUCACUCCCGAAAUCUGCGAAGCAGGGAAAUUGCAACUCCGCCGUUUUGAACUGCAGCUCCGCCAACUCCGCUCUCGAAGUUAUGGAGCGGUACCGAACAAGGCCUUAACUUCUUGAUCGAUUGGUCCGUCCGUUGUGUUGUUUCCAGAGAUGCUACGAGAAGCGUAAGAAUUAUUAGGAGACGACAAAAUUCCUUUUUUUUAUCGCCAAAUAUCUUGGUGUUUCUCUUUGUGAUUCGGGGUAGGCUACAAACCACUACGAUCGAGCAGAAUUUCGCCAGCUUCCUCCAAGAAAUGGGCUGCCUAUGCCUAUUCUGGGACAAAUGGAGGCGCAAGAGACGGCCGGAGGCGUCGGCGCCGGCUUCCAAGGCGGCAGCCGCAGCCUCCUACUAUGCCGCCGCUGCCUCGACCGCAUCGCCAGCCUGCAGCGCGACUGCUACGAGCACAUCCGACGGCUCAGGCGCGCGGCCGGCGUCGAGCAAGUCCUUGGGCUCCUCCGCACGGAGCAUCCCGGAGCUGUACGGGGAAAGGGGCGCGCAAAGCCUGCUGGAGUUCGGCCUCAGCGAGCUCCGUGGCGCCACGGCCAACUUCAGCCCGCUGCUCAUGGUCGGCAUGGGCGGCUUCGGGUGCGUCUACAGGGGCGCCCUCUGUCUCCCCGGCGGGAACCCCCACGGCACGGCGGUCGCCGUCAAGAAGCUCAACCCCAACGGCGGCCAGGGACACGAGGAAUGGCUGGCCGAGGUCCAAUUCCUCGGCAUCGUCGAGCACCCGAACCUCGUCAAGCUCGUCGGCUACUGCGCAACGCAGACCGAUCAAGGGCCGCAGAGGCUUCUGGUCUAUGAGUUCAUGCCCAACAAGACCCUGGACGACCACCUGUUCAACCCAGAGCACCCUGUCCUCCCAUGGGACGUCAGGUUGCAGGUAGCAUUGGGUGCUGCUGAAGGGUUACUGUAUCUCCACGAGGGCCUUGAGCUUCAGAUUAUAUACCGCGAUUUCAAGGCUGCAAACAUACUGUUGGAUGAGGAGUUCAGACCCAAACUUUCAGACUUUGGAUUAGCAAGGGAGGGGCCAUCCGAAGGUCAAACCCAUGUAUCUACAGUGGUAAUGGGAACCUACGGCUACGCAGCUCCAGACUAUGUCCAGACAGGGCAUCUCACCACCAAGAGCGACGUCUGGAGCUUCGGAGUGGUAAUGUAUGAAAUCCUCACGGCUCAACGCUCGGUAGAGAAAAAACGCCCCAAGAACGAACAGAAGCUCCUGGAGUGGGUGAGGCGGCACCCAGCCGACAGCGAACAGUUCGGCAAGAUCAUCGACACAAGGCUUGAAGGGAGAUACUCCAUGAGAGGAGCAAGAGAGAUCGCCAAGCUGGCCAACAGCUGCCUUGCAAAGUAUGCAAAGGACCGCCCCGCAAUGGUGGAGGUGGUCGAGAGGCUGAAGCUGGCAAUGCAGCACAAGGAAUUGGAUGGUCAGGAUGUCCGUUCACUGGAAGAAAGCUCGCUUCUUCAUGAGGCACCAACGACACCACCCAUGGAGGAUGAGGCUGCGGUGUCGGCAAGGCGGCGGAUGCUUCAUUUGGCUGCCCUAGGAAGGAUGCCGAUUUUCUCAAGUGAACAUCUAGCUACAGGAGGAACAGAGAACAGGGAGCUGAAGCGGGCAGGUCAGCACCUGAGCUGUAAAGGCCAGAAUGGUUUUUCUUUGCUAGGUUAUCUAUAAUGAUUAAUGACAGCAAUUCCCACCCUAUUUGAUCCAUGCCCCCUUGUACUCGCUUCUGACUAGUCUAUUAUACCCUCAACUGAUUAACUAUAUUUCCAAAAACUAACUUAGAAUAAACUUGUUAAAACCCCAAGAAACGUUCUAUAGCUUGUAAAAAUGUCUUACAUUA